GAUGAUUUUCAACUUGAGUCUUGAAUGGUAAAAUUUCAUUUCUUUUUAAAGUUUUCCAUGUUCAAAAGUUUUUAAACAUUUACUGCUGAAGUUAUCAAUCAUCCAAGCGUUUUUCAAGUGAAUCUCUCGUUUUUUCAUCUUUGCGACAAUGGAUGAAAUUUCAAAACUUGCAAAAGAACUCAUUGAGGUGAAAAAGAUAGCAGAGGCAAGCAAAAGAAGAAAUGAAACGGACACCUGGACGGAAAUAGGAUUAUUCCUUGAUGGUGUCGAUGACAAAAUCAAGAAUCUAAAAGAAGAAGAAAUUCAGAAGAAAGAGGAGCUGGCGCAACUAAAGUCAAAGAAACUUCAAAUCAGCGAGAAAGAAAAAUCUUUGGUUGAAGAGCAUAAUUCUCUCAAGCAAGACAUUGACUACUUGAAGGUGGAGAAUGCACGUUUGGCAAACCAAGUCAUGGUCUAUGAAGGGAAAAUAAAACUAAGUAAAAGCUUUUGCUUAGCUCCUGAGGAUGAAAAAGCAUUACAAAUUGCCAUCGACAAAAUUAAUAUUUUUAGACAGUUAACUGGAAUUAAGUUUGCUAGCCCACCCAGCGGCAAAUCCAUCGAAGGAUGCAUCUAUAAUGAGAAAAAGAAUUUCUUGAAACGCUUCAAGACUAUCUGCAACAAAAGUGACCCAGAGAUCUGGAAAAUGAUUGGAGAAGCAAGUCAUUCUGACUGGGGCAGUUUUCUUAAAACAGCCAAGGUGGAGCUAUCUUCAACAAGAACGACUCAGGAACCUCGAAAAUGAUUGAAGUCACUCAAAUUAGAGUAGUUGGGCCAGUGGAAGAAGAGCUACAUUAUAAGUAUUCGCAUGUAUUGUUUUGCAAUUUCAUCAUUUUUUUUUCUAUUUUUUAAAGUUUUUUUUUUCUUCUAACUUAUGUGGAUAGUUAUCAGGCAAAAAAGUUAUCUGUAUCAUAGGUAAAAUAAAAUUUUAUGAUAACAAUCUCA